AUGACUGGCUUACUGAUUACUAUCCUCACGUUUACAAUGUUUAAGACUUUGAACCAGGAAAAACCAGGCAAGGUACUGGUUAACCUAUGCACUGCCUUGAUCCUGCUGAACGUAAUCUUUCUUGUGGCAACUGUAAACGUCGGCGACUACAGCGAUGGCGGGUGUAUAGUGGUGGGAGUGCUGCUGCAUUACCUUGUGCUUGCCUCCCUGAUGUGGAUGUUGGUGGAGGCUGUUGGAAUCUACCAGGCGCUUGUCAUCGUCUUCAUCACGUACCAGCGGUUUCAUCUGCUGAAGCGAUGCCUGGUAGCUUGGGGUGUACCUGUUCUAAUUGUUGCGGUCACUGCGGCCGUGGACAACGGAAUCUACUCCAGAAACCAAGCAACAAGCAAAUUUUGUUUGAUGACCAUCAUCAGCACGUCAGCCUUCUACGCCUCGCUGGUGGCCCCUGCCUGUGUCAUCCUCUUCGUUAACAUACUGGUCUUCAUCCGAGUCGUCAGAAUCAUUCUCAGACCUAACAACCAAAACCAGCUAACGCCAGACAAAAGACAAAUCACACUGUCGCAGGUUCGAGGUGCUUUUACAGUUAUGUGCCUCCUGGGCGUCACUUGGGUGUUUGGACCCCUAGCUAUCGGAGACGCCCAGACAGUCUUUAACUAUUUGUUCUGCAUCUGUAAUUCCUUUCAAGGCUUUGCCAUCUUCGUGUUUCGAUGUCUGUUCCACAAAGAAGCCAGGCUGUCAUGGAUGUAUCUUCUGCAAAAGGGAACAUUUAAGAGUCGACGUGGACCUUUUGAUUCGGCAGUGUCUGAUUUUAUAGCCAGGGCUGAGGACAGGCGGUACAGUAGCAGCAACACAAGCGGCGUUGUUGGGGACAUGUCUUCGCGCAACACGUCGACCUCAACAGCUUCGAGCAGGCACGACAGUUGUAGCCUCCCACAGAACUACUUCACAGCAACCGCCUGCCUUCGCACCAGCAUUAGACAGGGCAGCCUGGACAACAGUGAUGCCAUUCUUGAUGCUCCUGGGGUCAGUUUGAGUCGCCUGCCCACAAAGCUCAGGCGAAGGUCCUUGGACUUUGUGUCUGAUCCGUUGGUGACGGCUUUUCCUAGAUAUUCUUUCAGAAGUUCUGUGUGUACUGAUAAUGUAAAUCUGGCGUAUGACAGUGAAUUUACUCAUCUCUGA